AUGAAGAGGUCGCUUGUUUAUGACUCUGAAAGUUGCAAAAGAGCUCAUUAUGGAGAUAUAGCUGCCAGUCCCAGUUUCACAUUGAUAGAUCUUCCUGAUAGUGUGCUUGAUCAAAUCUGGGGUUUGGUGAGCACGCAAGAUAUCAAAAACCUACUGCUCAUGAACUCAUACUAUAGAGAGAGUCUUAUCCCAUAUAUAUUUCUGUUUGUGGGAGUGACAUGGCAUCAGCUUCUCGAGGAUUCUAAGGAAUGUGUCAUAUCUAUGUACAGAGACUACAUCAGGAGUAUCAAUGUUAUUCUGCCAGACUCACAGAAGGAGUAUAAGGAGAAUACGUUUGGAGAGCUUCUAUCGACGAAAAGGUUCCCUAACUUAACCCGUGUGGCGGUGAACUCCACAAACUCAUCUUAUUGGCUUCGAUAUAACAAGUGUGACCAGAUAAGAGAUCUAGAGCUUUAUACUGACGCUCCGCUCAAAAGCAGAAAGAUCUUUGAUCUUGCCCAUGUUCAACAUUUUACUUCUCUUCGGCUGCUUACGCUAGAUGAUUACCAUUUCGUGGUAAGCGAAGACGAGAUAGUGGUGCCUAGGUUGCAUCGUCUCCAUCUACAUAACUGUACUUGGAAAUGGCCUUUCACACUUACCAAGUUUAAUGUUCACGAUACGCUCACGGAGCUUAGUGUUUCAUUUUCUGACGAUAACGUUUUUGUCUUCUCUGAACGGUUUAGAGACUUUCUCCAGACUCCACUUACGGGCCACUCAUCUUCAUUAAGGUCGCUCAAGAUUGCAUUCUCCAACUCAUCAGACAACCCACGGAUCCUUCUACUGAAUGUACUUCAAAACCUUCUAGACGCCUUUUGUGAUUUGGAGAAUCUAACUCUUACUGGGUGGUCUGCUAAUAUCUUCCAUAUUAAGCACCUAUUGGUGUCGCGUAAGUUCUACAAACCACUACGGUUCUAUUUUGAAGCCACCAUCCUUGAUCCCGAAAACACGAUAUCUGAGCAAGUUGCUAAGAUCCAAAGAGUUGAAAAUUUAACUUUCAAACUCAUACACGGUGGGUACUCUGCUACUGAUGCCUACAUCCAGGAUUUGAUGUCUUCUCACAACACCAUGUACCUUCGAUUCAUCUUCAUAAGCAUCCUACUAUGGAUCAACCUGGCAUUGGCGAAUACAGAGACUAUAGUAUUCACAGUUCCAAAGUAUUAUGAGGUUCCAAGCUGUCCAAGGUCAUUCCAAGGUUCGUCCUUGAGGAGGAUCAACGCGUCAGCACUUCUACUCGAAGACUUUCCAAUCCAAAGCAUACGAAACUACAGUACUAAAGAGACAUUGGUCAGUAUUCCUUACGAUUACGUUAAUAAGCCUGACCAGAUGCUAUUCGUCAAGCUUAACAACUACGAGGACGCGACGUUCGAUUCCGAUGAUCUCAUCAACGUGAAGCUCUGCUGGCCCGCCACAACCCCUCUAGACUUCAGCUUGGAUCAAUUAUACAUUAAAGCCUCUGAGUUUGGCGAGGUGGAGACGGAUACUUUUGAUAUCUACGUCAAGAUCGACUUGCACGGUGACUUUUAUGCUGUUAGAGAGGUUCAAGACGAUCGAAUCGACUUCCAAUUGGUGAUUUCCAGGCUUCCUGGAGUGAUACCCAUCCCAAUUGAACUAUACGAGUUUAUCAUGUACAUGGUGGACCUUUUGGUUCUUUUGGUUGCAUUCUUCCCAUACAUUACCCUAGCCUUUGAACAGUUCGCAAGCGCCUCCAGCACAAAAUUCCAUUCAGAUUGA